UCAGGCUACUGGACACCCACACCUACCUCGUACUGGACGACGUGGGUGCCCUCGACGACAUACACCACAUGGACGACGUACGCCGGGGUAACGGUGACGAUAACAUCGAUAAUCCCAUGUCCAGUCACCUCGACGGUCGUCUACUACGAGUGCUGCGACCAAUGCGAGCAUAACUGCAACACGUCGCCGCCUCCAUUCACCUACAUCGGCACGACCACGGUCACCUCCUACACCACUACCACGCCCUAUCCCGUCCAAACCAUCACGAGCAACGGGGUAGUCGUUGUCGUCAUGGACACUACCCCGUACUCCCAGCCCAGCGUCGUCUAUCAGACUGUUGUCAAUGGCAAUGAUGCCCAGGACUCCUCCAACGGGCUGAGUCUCUGGUCAGUUUGCAUGCCGUUGGCAGUCAUUGCCAGUAUCAUGAUUUUCUUAUGA